UGUAGGCGUUCACCCUUCUGUCUGUGAAAAGCAGUGUCGCUCUUGUAGGCACUGUGCUCCUGUUGUUCAGGAAUAAAGACUAAUAUCUCACAGGAAUGUCUUUGUCUUUCGAAGGAAGAGUCGUGCUUGUCACCGGGGCCGGAGGAGGCCUUGGCAGAGAAUAUGCACUGGCUUUUGCUGAAAGAGGCGCCUCAGUUAUAGUGAAUGACCUUGGGGCAGACACUAAAGGGGGUGGAAAGAGUUCUGCAGCUGCUGAUAAGGUGGUGGAGGAGAUAAGAGCGAAGGGAGGCAAAGCUGUGGCAAACUAUGAUUCUGUAGAAGAUGGAGAAAAACUCAUCCAGUCAGCGCUGGAUGCAUUUGGAAGAAUAGAUGUUGUUGUAAACAAUGCUGGGAUACUUCGUGACCGAUCAUUUGCCAGGACAAGUGAUAUGGACUGGGACUUGAUUCAAAGAGUUCACUUGAGAGGCUCCUUCCUGGUGACUCGAGCUGCUUGGAACCACAUGAAAAACCAAAAGUUUGGCAGAAUCAUCAUGACGGCUUCAGCUGCAGGCAUCUAUGGUAACUUUGGCCAGGCCAACUACAGCGCUGCCAAGCUGGGCAUGUUUGGGCUGGCAAACACCUUGGCCAUCGAGGGACGCAAGUACAACAUCCACUGCAACACUAUUGCCCCUGUUGCAGGGUCCCGACUUACAGAGACCGUCAUGCCCCCAGACCUUGUGGCAUCUCUGAAGCCUGAGUAUGUUGCUCCCCUGGUCCUGUGGCUCUGUCAUGACCAGUGUCAAGAAAAUGGAGGACUGUUUGAGGUCGGUGCGGGCUGGAUUGGUAAAUUGCGCUGGGAGCGUUCUCAGGGCUACAUUGUGAGACAUAAGAACCAACCCAUGAAUCCUGAGGCUGUCAGAGACCACUGGGACAAAAUCUGUGAUUUUACAAAUGCCACCAAGCCUGCUACCAUACAAGAGUCUCUACAGUCAGUUGUGAGUGUGCUGUCUCAAGUGGAGUCUGAGGGAGAAGUCGGUGCAAGUCCAACAGCUGCAGCCUCUGCAGCCGCAACUUCAGGGAUCAAUCCUGCUGAGGCAGUGGGACAAAAAUUACCACCGAGCACAUUCAGCUUCAGCCACACACAGUGUAUCCUCUAUGCACUGGGGGUCGGCAUGUCCACCAAAGACCCAGACCAUCUUAGGUUCCUGUAUGAAGGCCAUCCAGACUUUAGCUGCCUCCCCACCUUCGGCGUCAUUCCCUCCCAGGCAGCCAUGAUGGAUGGUGGGCUAAGCUCAGUCCCUGGACUCAACAUAGAUUAUACACAGGUUUUGCAUGGAGAGCAGUAUCUGGAGCUUUACAAACCUCUGCCAACCUCAGGUAAACUUACCUCUCAGGCCACCAUAGCAGACGUGUUUGACAAAGGCUCCGGAGCGGUCAUCCUUUUGGAUGUGAACACCUACAGUGGUGAUGAGCUGGUGUGCUUCAACCAGUUUUCAGUGUUUGUGGUUGGAGCUGGAGGCUUUGGAGGGAAGAGAACCUCAGAGAAAGCCAAAGCUCCUGUGCCGCCACCUCAACGGGCACCAGAUGCUGUGGUGAUCGAUUCCACCACAAGAGACCAAGCGGCCUUGUACCGUUUGAGCGGAGACUGGAACCCUCUUCACAUAGACCCCAGCUUUGCUGCCAUGGGAGGUUUCAAGGCUCCGAUCCUGCAUGGCUUGUGCUCAUUUGGCUUUGCUGCAAGACAUGUGCUCAAGCAGUUUGCUGACAAUGACCCCUCCAGAUUCAAGGCUAUCAAGGUUCGCUUUGUGAAGCCGGUGAUGCCGGGUCAGUCACUACAGACUGAGAUGUGGAAGGAAGGCAACAGGAUUCAUAUCCAGUGCAAAGUGAAGGAGACAGGUGCUGUUGUGCUGUCGGGGGCCUACGUGGAUUUACACACCGCAUCAGGCGCCUCCCCAGAAAAUGUCCCUCAAGGAGGGGGCCUUCAGAGUGAGCUGGUGUUUGCGGAGAUUGGUCGUCGUAUUAAAGACUUGGGCUCAGAGUUGGUGAAGAAGGUGAAUGCUGUGUUCGGCUGGGAGAUCACCAAAGAUGGCAAGACCACUGCACAGUGGACCAUUGAUCUGAAGAAUGGCAGCGGCUCCUUGCAUAAAGGCCCUUACAAUGGGAAGGCAGAUGUGACCUUCACAGUGUCAGAUGAAGACUUCAUGGAGGUGGUGCAGGGGAAGCUCAACCCUCAGAAGGCGUUCUUCUCUGGAAAGCUGAAGGUUAGAGGGAACAUCAUGCUGAGCCAGAAGCUGGAGGUCAUCCUGAAGGACUACGCCAAGCUGUGAGCCCGUCAGCCAGGCAGUCAGACAACUUUAGGAACUAACUGACCCGCCAGCUCUCUCCGUCUGUCUACUUUUCCUGUCCUGUGCGUAUUUACAUGCUUUGCCUCUUUAAGAGAAACUCAUAAAAAUUACCCAGUGACGAUCAGAAUGAAUUCUCUGAUAUAAAUUACAGUAACUUUUACUACAGUCAUAAAAUGCUGAUCGAAUAGGAAAUGUCCUUUGUCUUAUAACAUGGAUACAUAUGUUUUGAGGAUGGAGAGAGGAAAAACAUUUUUGUAAUUGUCACAUCAUCAGUUAUUGGCAAAAGGAGAAGCAAUAAUUCAGUUUCUUUUCAGCUGGUUAGUUUAACUUGGUUGGUCUUUCCUUGCUAAAUGUGCACUUAACACACCCGCCUUUAAAGAACCAAAUGAGAAAUUAACCAUCAGUCUUCAUGAAUUUAGUUAAAUUCUGCUGUCUGUCAGUCACUGUAUUCUUGUAUCAGUGCAAACAAAGAUCUGCUACAGUGAAGAACCAAAAUUCUUCCCAGCAUUUGGUUAAUGUAGAGGAUGAGGUGAUAAUGAUUAAAAUCUAAACCGGUUUUUAAUCUCAGUUUGACUGAAGUCGUAAUUCAGCAGUCUGUUAUUUCAUUAUGUCGACCAAUUGACCUUAGUGUGUCGGAACCGAUUUCAUGAACCUGAGUCUUUAUUCACAACAAAAACUGUAAGAUGUAUAGUGAUGUAGAGUUUGCUAAUUAUGAAAAUAUUUACUUUUUUAAAAUCAUUUCAGUGCAAUUGUAAUUCAGUGAUUGUGCUGUAUGAAAAUAAACUAAUUCAGAACCUCA